GCGGUGGCGGGCAGAGGACGGCCUGCCGCGUCCACGGUGGAGCCAUGGCCGUGCCCUUUGUGGAAGACUGGGACUUGGUGCAGACCCUGGGGGAAGGUGCCUAUGGAGAAGUUCAGCUUGCUGUGAAUAGAAGAACUGAAGAAGCAGUUGCGGUGAAGAUUGUAGACAUGAAGCGUGCCGUAGACUGUCCAGAAAAUAUUAAGAAAGAGAUCUGUAUCAAUAAAAUGUUAAAUCAUGAGAAUGUAGUGAAAUUCUAUGGUCACAGGAGAGAAGGCAAUAUCCAAUAUCUGUUUCUGGAGUAUUGUAGUGGGGGAGAACUUUUUGACCGAAUAGAGCCGGACAUAGGCAUGCCUGAACAAGAUGCUCAGAGGUUCUUCCAUCAACUCAUGGCAGGGGUGAUUUAUCUGCAUGGUAUUGGAAUAACUCACAGGGACAUUAAGCCAGAAAAUCUUCUAUUGGAUGAAAGGGAUAACCUCAAAAUCUCUGACUUUGGCUUGGCAACAGUGUUUCGGCAUAAUAAUCGUGAGCGUUUACUGAACAAGAUGUGUGGUACUUUACCUUAUGUUGCUCCAGAACUUCUAAAGAGAAAAGAAUUUCAUGCAGAACCAGUUGACAUUUGGUCCUGUGGAAUAGUACUUACAGCAAUGUUGGCUGGAGAAUUGCCGUGGGACCAGCCCAGUGACAGUUGUCAGGAAUAUUCUGAUUGGAAAGAAAAAAAGACAUACCUCAACCCUUGGAAAAAAAUAGAUUCUGCUCCUUUAGCUCUGCUGCAUAAAAUUCUAGUUGAGAAUCCGUCAGUAAGGAUUACCAUCCCAGACAUCAAAAAAGAUAGAUGGUACAACAAACCACUUAAGAAAGGAGCAAAGAGGCCCCGAGUCACUUCAGGUGGUGUUUCGGAGUCUCCUGGUGGAUUUUCUAAGCACAUUCAAUCCAGUUUGGACUUCUCUCCAGUAAACAGUGCUUCUAGUGAAGAAAAUGUGAAGUACUCCAGUUCCCAGCCAGAACCACGGACAGGUCUUUCCUUAUGGGACACCAGCCCUUCAUACAUUGAUAAACUGGUACAAGGGAUCAGUUUUUCGCAGCCCACAUGUCCAGAUCAUAUGCUUCUGAAUAGUCAAUUACUUGGCACCCCAGGAUCCUCACAGAACCCCUGGCAGCGCUUGGUCAAAAGAAUGACACGAUUUUUUACCAAAUUGGAUGCAGACAAAUCUUACCAAUGCCUGAAAGAGACUUGUGAGAAAUUGGGCUAUCAAUGGAAGAAGAGUUGUAUGAAUCAGGUUACUGUAUCAACAACUGAUAGAAGAAACAAUAAACUGAUUUUCAAAGUUAAUUUGGUAGAAAUGGAUGAGAAGAUCUUGGUUGACUUCCGGCUUUCUAAGGGUGAUGGAUUGGAAUUCAAGAGACACUUCCUGAAGAUUAAAGGGAAGCUGAGUGAUGUUGUGAGCAGCCAGAAGGUUUGGCUUCCUCCCACAUGAUAGAUCCAUUGGCUUUGGGGUUCCUGGUGAAUAUAGUGCUGCUAUGUUGACAUUAAUCUUCCUAGAGAAGAUUAUCCUAAUCUGCAAACUUCAAACAAUAGUCCCUGAAGAGUCGUCUUCCUUCUAGUCAAACAUUUUUCAAUUUUUUUGUAUGUUCUGCAUAAAAAUAACACCUAUAUUUUAAUUAUAAAUAAAACUUGGGGGAAGGGAUCCAUAGAAUUCAUUAGGUAUUUUUUCAUCUGUGUUUAGUGCCUUAAUUUGAGACCCACCUUGUGAGAACCAAGCUUUGGGGAUAUAUGAGUUUGCCAGCUUUUGUGCUACUAUAAUGAAAGAUGAUGUUGUUGUCCCAUUUUUACCAAAACAUUUGGUUUUAUCCAAAAAGUACAUAUUGCUUCCACAUUGAUUUAAGUAAGUGGGUGAAUUGGUAAAAAAAAAAAAAUCCUUGUGACUUUUAGACAGUAGAUUUAUCAGUCUGUAAGUGAAGUCAUCUUCAAAAAAAUAUAUCCCCAAGAUUUGUACUCAUUUUCAAAAGGGCCUGACCAGGUAUCUAAAUCCGUUAUUGAAUUAUAAUUAUUAAUUGAAAUUGCAUGUUGGUAUGUUUUUUCCACUGUAGUUAAUAAAAUAUUAAUAUAAAAUACUAGUUGGUCUUUCAAGUAGAAGUUGAGCAUGGACUGUAGUGCUUAACUACCUUUAAAAUUACUGUUGCACAUUUUAAAGAUUUUUUUCUAUAUUCUCUACUUUCACAGCCAUAUUUUAAUUCUUUAUUACAGAAAUAAAUUCUAUUUUAAAAAUGAAUAGCUAACUCUGUGAACUUAUUGGUGCCCAAGCUUCUAGGUGGUAAGGAAUAAAAAAGGAGGCGGAAUAAGGAAGCUGUGAUGGAAACAGAUCUGAUUCUUGGUUCUCUUACCUAUGAGAUUUACUAAGACUUUGUUCUAAUAAACUUUGCAUUAACUUGAA